AUGACUGUAGCCACACUGGGUUACACGAUGGUCAUCUGUGGCAAUAGUGAUGAUCCACAACAUAGGUAUCGAGGACGAAUUGAAAAGGUUAAAUUUGGAGUUCCAAUUGAAGAAGCCUUCGCUCAUGAUAUACCCGCUACUUUAUUAGUACUACUAUUAAAAGUACAUAAAGAUGGUCCCGCUAAAAAGGAUAUCUGGCGUGCACCGGGUAAUCAAGCUCAAGUACGAAAGCUUUCACAUAUCAUGCAACACGGAAGGCUUGUAAAUAUUGCCAAUUUUAGUGUUUAUACUGCUGCAUCUGUUAUUAAGAAGUUUUUAUCGAAAUUGCCUGGUGGCAUAUUUGGCCUCGAAAAUGAACAAAAACUUUUUGAUUUGUAUAAUAUAUCAUCAGAUAUGGAAUUGCAGAGACAGUCGUUUUGUCGAGUAUUGAGCAGUUUACCGGUUCCAUCACAGCACUUACUUGUGCUACUUUUUGGCACUUUUUAUAUGAUCUCAGAAUCAGCUGAUUCAUUUGGCUCAAGGAUGACAACAGAAGCUCUUGGAAUUUCUGUAGCGCCUUCACUUUUCCAUUCAUGUAUUCAUGAUGGACAGCGGGCGAAAAUGGAAGAUGUGAUACGAUUCAAAAUUGCUUCCGAGAUCAUCUCAAGAAUAAUUGAAAAUUUUGGUUACGCAAAUCUUUUUCCACGAGAAAGUUAUGAAUUUUAUGCUCGUAUAACAGGAAGAGCACUACGAUUUGAUGAAAAUGAUUCACGACUGCGAUUCGUUACACCAGCUAAUGUACACAAUCGGCCAGUACCACCGCCCACUACCUAUUCAAUUAUGGCUGCCCGAUGUGUUGGAAGUUAUUCGAUGGGUACCGUUGCAGCAAUCGACCGCAUUAGCUCUAACUGUGAUGAUAAUGAAGUUGAACGCACUCUGUUGACAUCCACCAUAAGUCUACAAUCCGAACAAGGAACCAGUGAUUAUCCGUAUAUGACGAUAGCCGAUUGUAAAUCAACAUUUUUCGGAAUUGGGCCUCAGCAUAUCACUGUUGCAACAGUCGCUGACGACGAACUGAUAUCCAAAAACGAGAAAUUGAUCUUGCGGCCAUCAAAUAGUCAAAUUGCCAUUGCAUUUGCGAAUGAACAUCAAUCGCUGCCGAAUCAUCUGAGAAAUACUCAGGUUUCGACAGAUUUGGAUUUGGAAUUGUGCGAUUCGGAAAAUUUCGAUUUUUAA